AUGACUUUGUUCUCUGUCAUGCCUGAAAUCACUGUCCAUGCUGCUGCAGAUGAUGACAAGAUUAUUGGAGGCUACACCUGUCAGCCGAAUUCCCUCCCUUACCAGGUGUCCUUGAAUAAUGGCAUCCAUCAAUGUGGUGGCACCCUCAUCAAUAAUCAGUGGGUAUUGACUGCAGCUCACUGCCUUAUGAGUGGGCUCCAGGUGCGUUUGGGAGAACACAACAUUGAUGUCCUUGAGGGUGGUGAGCAGUUCAUUAGUCCAGCCAAGCUCAUCCCCCAUCCCAAGUACAAUGGAAACACCUAUGAUAACGACAUCAUGCUGAUUAAACUGAAGUCACCGGCCACCCUCAACUCGCGCGUGUCCACGAUAUCUCUGCCCAAAUCCUGUCCAACAGCUGGUGCUCAAUGCCUUGUGUCUGGUUGGGGAAACUUGGGUGGUUCAUACCCUGCACUUCUCCAGUGUCUGAAUGCUCCUGUGCUCUCUGACUCCACAUGCAAAAACUCCUACCCAGGCAAGAUCACCAGCAACAUGUUCUGCUUGGGCUUCCUGGAGGGGGGCAAGGACUCCUGUGAUGGUGACUCUGGAGGUCCUGUGGUCUGCAAUGGAGUGGUCCAGGGUAUUGUAUCCUGGGGUACAGGCUGUGCUUUGAGAGGGAAGCCUGGUGUCUACACUAAGGUGUGCAACUACCUGAGCUGGAUUCAGCAGACAAUUGCUGAAAACUGA